AUGCAAUUCGCUGAAUUGUAUACAAGAAGACAUGUUGUCCAAGUGGUACAUUCCGUUAUUCAUAUACCAGCAACAGUCAAAGAUUUCGGACCUCUUACAAAUUUUACAACAUUCAAUUUUGAGAGCAUCUUGGGGAAAAUAACUCGAACAACCAAAGGUACACGACGUCAUGCUGAGGAGAUGAUAUCUUCGCUCCACUAUCUUCAAGCUGGUAUUGUCCACUUGAAACAAUCUUCAUUAGACGUUUCUCUCGAAAAUUUUAUUUCAACCGAGCUCUAUUACACGGCGGAAAAGCCUCAUUAUGGUAUCCGAUUACUGCACGAGACAAAUCUUCAUCAUGAUCUUUCCUCGAUGUACUUUCCUCAAGCGCUUAUCAAAACCUUUCAUGUGCUAUAUAUCGGUCAUGUGCGAAUAUCUACUAUUCAAUAUGCUGAUGGCAAGAAAUCAGACGAUAGUAGUAUUAUUUUCCGACUCAACGGUCGUCCAACUUUUGGGCGCGUUGCAUCAAUCUUCACUGCUGAAACACAACAACCUUUAUUGCUCGUUAAUUAUUUCGACAAAAGUCAACCGUUACGAUGCAACCUGUCAGUGAAUGGUCCCGAGUUCCACUAUAAUCGUAUACUAUCCGUAGACACAAGAACAAGAAACACCAGUUUAAUUUCUACAUCUGACUUCAUGGAAAAGUGCGUUUAUCUUCAGCCAUCAAAUAAUUUUGGACAUUUCUAUCAGUUUCCAACACCUCGUCACAGCACCUAG